ACAGUAAUAACAUAAGUGAGAGAAACCCAUAAUAUAAUUUUCUUUCAAGUCAUCAGUUUUCACUUCUCCAUCAAGGCAUCUUACUUCCCCUCUGGAUGAUUCAGCGGAGGGAGACAACAGGAGAGCAUCUCAUCCAACACUGAGUUUUGUUUUUAGUAGGAUUUUUCUUUUCUUUUUUUACAAAUGGCCACCUAUAAUCAGAGCAGCUGUUCAGGACAAUGUCUUAACAUCAGGAUUUGUCUGGAGAGCCCAUCCAGAAUGACAUGGCAAGUAAUACUCGCAUGACAGGCUCUACUUCCUUCUACUAGUUUGUUAGCAUCAGCAUUCCUCAGCCACGUGUUAUUUGUGUUAAUUAUAGCGACUAUAGUGCUCUUUCUCUGUGUGAACAUCAUUUGAGUUGUUGUUUAGAGCUUGUUUAUCUGGAGAAGUAAUACGAUUUGGGAAUCGACAUUAUUUAGGCCCUGAAACUGGAUUUUUGUGUCUGUGUCGUGGCUUCAGAAAUGGUCCCAUUUGAAAAGGACAUAUUGUACCAACGGGUUCUUUGCCAUGAAGUCAUCCAGGACUCUUCCGCUCAGUAAAUAUCCAAACCAACAAGCAGCACGAUCCAAGAGCAUGGUGCUUGGAGAACUGUCUCGACUCUCCAGGCCUUGCUCUCCUCAGGAACAAGAAAAACCCUUGAAGGCAGGCUGGUUAAAGAGGCAGAGGAGUAUCAUGAAAAACUGGCAGCUGCGAUGGUUCGUCCUGAGGCCUGAAGCUCUGUAUUUUUACAAAGACCAGGAUGAAAGCAAGGCACAGGGUUGCAUUCCACUUCAAGGUAGUCAAGUCAAUGAGGUUUUGGCCAAUCAGGAUGAGCCCAGUCGCCAUCUUUUCGAAAUUGUUCCAGGGGGAACUGGGGAAAAGGAUCGAACUAACAUAGGUCAUGAAUCAUUAUUACUAAUGGCCAACUCACAGACUGACAUGGAAGAAUGGGUCAGAGCCAUACGUAGAGCUAUUUGGGCCCCGCUUGGUGGAGGUGUUUUCGGACAACGUCUACAGGCGACAAUGUCAUACGAGGCGCAGUGUGGCCCUCAGCGAGUGGUCCCUGUUGUUGUUGAAUUGUGUGCAGACUUCAUACGAGAACAAGGACUUAAGGAGGAGGGCCUUUUCAGAGCACCUGGGCAAACCAAUUAUGUUCGAGAACUGCAAGAUGUGUUUGACCGUGGUGAAAAGCCUGUGUUUGACAGUUCCACUGAUGUCCACACAGUGGCCUCACUACUAAAGCUGUACAUUAGGGAGCUGCCUGAGCCUAUAAUCCCAUUCUCCAAAUACUCAGAGUUUCUUUCCUGUGCUCAGCUUCUAACCAAGGAUAAAGAAAGUGCCAUCAAAGAACUAAGUAAACAGGUGAAAUCCCUCCCUGAGGUUAACUAUAACCUCCUAAAAUACAUCUGCAAGUUUCUGGAUGAGGUUCAGUCACAAUCCAAUGACAAUAAGAUGAGUGUUCAAAACCUGGCCACCGUUUUUGGACCUAAUAUUCUUCGACCAAAAGUGGAGGAUCCUGUUACAAUGAUGGAAGGAAGUUCCCAGGUGCAGCAUUUGAUGACAGUCCUGAUCAGUGAACACUCUCGACUUUACCCUAAUGAGGACCCCCAAACUGGGGACAAAUGUCUUCCACUUCGACAGGACCUUAAACGAUCCAGAGUAGAAUGGGUUUCACAAGAAGAACCUGACCCAACGAAUCACACAAGUAUGAACUCUACAAACCUCAAAGAAAUCCACACACCAUCAACUGCUUCAAUGGAAAAUGAGCUGCCUUUAUUAAGUUCUGUUGCAUCCAAAAAGGAGGAAAACAGUCCAAUUAAGGGCGUUGAUAUAAAGAAACAAGAUGAAAAAGGAAACUUCAAAACUGAAGGAGAAAGUGAAAUUGCUGUUAGUCCCAGCAAACAGGCCAAAGCUCUACCUUCAUGGAGGUGCUCCUUCAAGGGCAGUGUAGCCUCUGGAGGGCCAAAGGGGAAAAUGGGAGGCUCAGCGGGGGAUGUGUCUGAAUCUGGUGGAAGCAACUGGCUGAUGAAUGGCCUGUCGUCCCUCAGAGCGCACAGACGCACAACCUCAUCAGGUGAAAGAGUGAAAGACUCUACGCUGUCUCUAAAGGAUUCAACUCAGUCUCUUAAAGAAACCAAUGUUCUACUCAAGGACAUGCAUAGAGACUAUGACCUAGAAUCCCCUCAAACAGCCCAGUCUCAGAGAGCCUUUAAUAAAUCCCACAGGCUGUCUGCCUACGACAAUGUAGCUCCUUCCAGCCUAAGCCUGCCUGCUGACACUUCGUCUAUCUGGACACCAUUUGAGAUCUCUUUGUCAGAUACAGAAGGAAGCAAUAAGGCAACAAAGGUUGAACAGGAUGAAGAGAGAACGACGGAGAGUGGAAAUGGAACAAAUGAUGAAGAUGUCACAGGAACGAGUGAAGACAGCACUAACAAGUUCACUCAACUGAAGCAGGAACUGAAGAAACAGAAGUUGAACUAUGAAACCCGCAUUCGCAAACUGGAGGAGUCCUGUUUAAAAUACCAGUUCCAGGUAAACCGCCUUGAGGAGGAGCUGGACCAGGAGAGGAAGAAGUUUCAAAUGUUGGAGAUCCGACUCAGGAAUUCACAGCGGGCACAUCAGGAUGCAGAAAACCGAAACACUGUCCUCCAGAGGGAAAUGGAGGAAUUCUUCAAGACGCUUGGAGAUCUAACAACAGGAACAAGGACCAACUAGACCCGACCAAACUGCCUUUAUCUGGUCCUAGAGGCGCUGGUUCACUAGGAGGACCAUCAAGUCCCAAAGCUUUUUUGAAAACAUACUGUAUCUCUGGUGCAAUGCAGAUAGCCAUAAUUUCCACUUAAGUGUGGCAGUCCCGUGCCUACGGUGACCAGUACUGGUGCCAAACAAGAACUCCUCUGGACCAAGAACUUCUUAUUUUGCAACUCCAUAAGAUCUAUCACAACUAAUACAUUGUAAAACAAUGUCUAAACAUCAAGGAAUCCUAAAGUGUUGUAGCAUUCCCAUCCAUACGAUUUUAAAGUUCUGUUUGUUAUUUAUUUAAACUGAAAGAAGAAUGUAAGACUUUACUAGCUGUCUGAGUUGGCCAGUUUGAGAUUUUAAGGCAAAAUGUAUUAAACUAAUGAUCAUUCUAUUUGCAAUGCUGGCCAAACCCUAAGAAGAGUGCUGCAUCAACUGAAAUGAACUGAAUUGCAUAAUUUCUUCUUCCAAAGGUACCUGCACUAAUUUGAGAGUUUCUGUGAUACAGUUAUAGAACUCUUUUAAAAUGUACAUAUGCAUCUCAAUAAAUUAGAAUACCAUCAAAAAGCAUAUAUUUCACUGAUUCAUACUAUAACUUUAUUAUACACUGAUAAAUGCAUUUCAAGAGUUUUUUUCUGGUGUUUUUAUAAUGUUUUAUAGCUAAUGCAAAUUAACAUUUGGAUUUUUUAGAUUUUAAUAUUACAUAUGACCCAAUACUUGUAAUAUCAAAAUUACAGCUUACUGAAAACUGUCAGUUACCGCAGAGUACAUGACACAAUCUAAGUCUAGUCCUCCCCCUUGCAUGAGUUACUUCUCAUGGCUGUGUUUAUCCAUUUUAUUUUUUGCAUCAUUUUUUACUGCACUCGUUCCUUCUACUUAAUAUCCCAUUACUAAUGAACAAAAUGGCCAUUUUUGUAUAAAAUCUUUUAGAAAAACUUAGGAUUUGUUUAGGUUUACAUCAUCACCUAGAUGAACAGAAAUAAAGGCUUUAAAUGUCUCUUUUUACAUAAUUUAAGCAUACUCAUGGGUUUCAGAUUUAGAACAAAUUACUCAAACAACUUUUUAAAGAUAAUCUAAUUUAUUGAGAUGGUUAAACUAUAACACUGGAAGUGUGGGACUUGUGAAAUAAAAUCAGAAGACUCAGGAAACCUAUCAAAACCUAGAAAGUGCAAUGAACAUAUACAGUUAAAAGCUGGAGCCAUUGGAAAUUUGAGCCAGCAAACAUCUAAAGCUCACCAUGGCACGUUAGAAAAUAAGUUUCUGAUCCUAAGAAAACAUACAUCUACCACAAAAUAGUAGAUCAUCAAUUAAUAAAUUAUACCACAUAAUUCUGAUAAACAAAGUUCAUUUGAAUAUCUCUGAUUGUGAUGUUAAAUACAUAUACUAUACUAUACUAGCUUGAAAUAAAUAAUGGGAAAC